AUGGCCCUUGCUCUGUCAACGGCACGGCAGGCGUCUGUAUCGCUACAACUUCCUGUUCUUCGGGGGGUGGAACGUCCUACACAGGGUUCUGCCCAGAUGACCCUACCGACAUCAAAUGCUGCACUAAAACUUCCGUCAGGUUUGUGCCCUGGCCACGCCGACUUCAAGUGCUGUCUCCCCGCGGCAUGCGGCCCUCCACCAGUCAACGGCGCCACCGUCAACCUCAUUAAAGAAUUUGAAGGCUUCGUCCCGACCCCCGAGCCAGACCCAAUAGGCCUACCCACCGUCGGGUAUGGACACCUCUGCCAAACCGAAGGCUGUGCGGAAGUGCCGUACCCCUUCCCGCUGACUCUCGAGACAGCUUCGGAACUGCUCAACGCGGACCUCGUAACCUACAUGAUGUGCAUCGCGAGGGAUAUCGUCGACACCGUGCAGCUGAAUGACAACCAAUACGGCGCGCUGGUUUCGUGGGCGUUUAACGUUGGAUGCACGAAUACGGGAGGUUCGACUUUGAUUAGGCGCUUGAACGCCGGUGAGGACCCGAACCUCGUUGCUGCUGAGGAGCUGCCCAAGUGGAGGUUAGCUGGAGGAGUGAUCCUUCCUGGCCUUGUGCGUCGUCGCGCUGCAGAAGUAGCCCUGUUCCAGACGCCGUCAUUUGUCGUCGCCCACCCGCCGCCUUGCUAA